AUGGCACAUACGCACAUGCACGCAAUCCCAUUUACAUGUCAGGCGUUAAGCGACCAGGAUCUACCUGCCUCAAAAUUUGACAAAGAAUUUAGACAGUCCGUAAAUUUCGAUGACCUGGAAAAUGCCGCAUUAGCAGAAAAUAAAACGUUUAAUUUGGAUGAAUGGAAGAGGAAAUUUCUAAAGGAACUCACUUCUUCCUUCGAACAAAUAUCAGAAAAAUGGCCAUAUAAAACUCAUGAAAAGCGCUGUAGAGACUUCAACUAUCACGCGGAUUACACAAUGAAUUUGAUUUCUUUACUAAAGGUUAAGGGCCCACAUGGGAAGAUGGUUCAUAUUCACAAAGAUAAUAUUAAUUCUAUAAAAGAACAAAUCAAUCGGUUGUUCAAAAAAUAUGACAAAUUUGAAUGCGCUAGGGAAGAAAAGAGAUACACACUGCAAUCACCCCUGAGGAAUGACUUAGACAACUUCUGCGAAAAUAGGGACCAUCUUGCCGAAUGUGUAACUAGCAAAAAACAGAACUGUAAAAGAUUAGUAAAUUUUGUAAACAGCAAAUAUUACGAUCUCUUUAGCUAUGACACUUGCAUUGUUGAUUCGGACACAACGGAUGGAAAACUUCUGCACAUUUCGAAUAACUGCUCAUUGUACGACAUUCCUAAAACGUUUUCUUAUCCUGCCUGUGAUAACUUCGAAAUACCAGAGAGAAUACAAUCCAUUCCAUACUGCCCAAUGGAAAAUUUAUCGCUCUUUAGUCAACUUGCAGCAUUUGUAAGCGACUAUAUAAGUUAUAUACCCAAUUUAGCGCAAAUACGAAGGAGCGUCGUAUAUAUCUGUUUAAUCAUUUUGGGAAUCUCCAUCCCAUUCUUAAUUCUAUAUAGGGUAAAAAAAAAAUAA